AUGGCGGUGUACUACCGGUACAGGAGUGGCGUGGACACCUUCUCUCUGCCUGUCGCGGCGCCCUCCAUUUCCGUCGGCGAGGUGAAGCGCCUAAUCAUAGGGACUAGCCGCCACGGCCACGGCCGGACGCGCGGCCGGGGUCCCAGGGAGGGCAUCGCGAUCUCCGACGCGCAGACCGGCGAGGAGUACACGGACGACAGCGCGUUGGUCCUGCGCAACACGACGGUGGUGGUGCGCCGAGUCGCCGGGCCUCCGGCCGAUGCUAUCGUGUCGACACCCACUCAACGCCCCAAGGCGACGCAAGACGGCGGCGGCUCUUCGUCGGAGUCGAGCGCGUCGGCGGGAGCCGAGGAGGACGACGAGGCAAAGGCUAUCAGCGCGGUGAUCGACGCUGCGGAACUCAAGUGGGAGGGGCCGUCUCGUUACAAUCACCGGGCCGCAGUAUAUCAUGGGCCGGCGCCGCAUGCCGGCUACGUUUGCCGCAGGUGCCGCGUCCCGGGCCACUUCAUCCAGCACUGCCCCACCAACGGCGACGCGAGAUUCGACUUCGGGAAGGCGACGUCGGUGCUUCCGCCUGCUCCGGUGGCACCAGUCGACGACGAUGAUGGCGUCCCCGCGGAUCUCCACUGCAAGAUUUGCAAGAAGGUGAUGGCUGACGCGGUGGUGACGAGCAAGUGCUGCUUCAGCAGCUUCUGCGACAGAUGCAUCCGAGACCACAUCGUCGCCAACUCCAAGUGCGUGUGCGGGGCGCCGGCGCGCGCAGACGAUCUGAUCCCCAACCUGGCGCUGCGCACAACCAUCUCCAACAUCCUCGCCGCCAGGGCCAGCAACACUUCCGGUGAAAAAACUGAAAAACAGAGUCCGGCGGCCUCGCAACACAGCCAAGUUUCUUCCAAGAAGGGUGCCGCUGCCGCCUCGGAGGACCGCGACAGAAGCGAAUCGACGUCGAAUCCAGCUGCGGCGCCUGAGCCAAGAAAGAAGGAGCAGGAGACGAAGGACGCAGCGGGAGCGCGCGCCGCCAACCAUGCCGGUCAUCAGUACGGCUGCUACGAUACUCCUCCAUUUGCCCCGGCAUGCUACGAUGCCGCUUUCUUUGGUGGGAUGCCGUGGUCAGCCGAUCCUUCCAUGUACUACGGCUACGGCGGCACGCCUUACGCUUACGGUGGCUCUGGUUACCCAAUGGCCCCGCACCAUGUCGACGCCAUGGGCAACAUGACAGCUUCGUAUGGCUACCAGGGUGAACGCCUCGAUGGCAGGAAGAGGACGGGAUUCGACGAUCAGAGGCAGCAUGACCGUGGUUUCAAGAGAAGAUGCGGUGGGAGCAGAUCACAGGUCGCGUUAGUACUGACGUGAAGGCGCUGAAGGUCUGAAGCUGCUCUGGUGCACAAUGAUGCAUGAUAGUCUG